AUGCGUAAAACUCUUGUGGAGGAAAUUGGAAUGGAACAAAUAGAUCACGAGUUUUUAAGAGAUAAUGCUCUUAGUCUCUUAGCAACAGGAAGGGAUGCAAUUAGUUCAGCCAAUAUCCUUGAAGAAAUCAGAGCAAACUUUAUACACAAGGAAGAAAAUUGGUUCAUCAUUUCAAGGGUAGAAAAUCUUAACAAGCUAGUUUACCUGCAUGGAGCUUUGUGUGAAGCAUUGAGACUUUUCCCUCCAAUUCCUUUUGAGUACAAAUCUGCAGUUAAAUCUGAUAUACUCCCCAGUGGGGAUCGUGUUAAUACAAAUACUAUGGUAAUUUAUUGUCAAUAUGCAAUGGGAAGAGUGGAACAAACAUGGGGAGAAUAUUGCUUGGAGUUUAAGCCACAAAGGUGGAUUUCUGAAAAGGGAAGAAAGAUACACAUACCAUCUUACAAGUUCAUAGCUUUUCAAGCAGGCCCAAGAAGUUGUUUGGGUAAAAAUAUAAGCUUUGUUCAGAUGAAGAUCAUCGCCAUUGCUUUGCUAUGGAAUUUUCAAUUUGAGGUGGCGAAAGGGAAUAAUGUGUCUCCAUGUCUUUCUGUUGUUCUUGACAUGAAACAUGGCUUGAAGUUCAAGGUUACUAAAAGAGGAUAA